AUGACCACAAACCUAGAAAAUUUUCCUAAUAUGUGCGAGCAAGUGUUAUUAGUUGAUGAAAACAACAAUGAAUUGGGUAAAGUGUCGCGAUUGAAGAUGAGACUAGAAAAUCUAUGGCACAGGGCAACGGGAGUUGUUGCAAUCGACUCGCUGCAAGAUCCGCAUAUUUUUAUUCACAAGAGAACGGAACUCAAAGAGGUGUUUCCAUCUUACUUUGAUAUUUCCUUUGGAGGUGUCGUGGCUUAUGGAGAAGAUUUCCUCACUUGUGCCAGAAGGGAACUAUUGGAGGAAUCUGGAUUGGACGUACCCGCGGAUAAACUAAUCGAGCUGGGAACAUAUAAAAGUGAAAACAGUACCAGCCGAUGCCACUACAAAUUUUACCUAACAGUGGUAGACUGUAAUAUUGAUGAUCUCAUGUAUCAAAAAACUGAAGUUGAGUUUAUUGAACGUGUUUCGUUGGCUGAUGUUGAAAAGAGAAUUGCUACCCAACCAUUUGUACCAAAAUGCGGUGUACUCAUCGAUUUACUCAAACAAUUUUUAUCCAAAAAUACGCGUAACAAUCGUUAA